AGUCAUGACAAUUUGAGAAAAUGCUAACUCGAAAGUAAAAUUAAAAAUUAGCUAACAGAAAGUAAUGGUGUAUUUUUGCUAAGUUGAGCCUCGAAAAUUUUGUGUGUACACACAAAAUUUUCGAGGCCAGAAAUUAGCAAAAUUUUGCUCAAAUUUGACCAGCUAGAAACUUAGCAAUCAUUUUAGCAAAUUUUUUUAACUCGAAUUUUAGCAAACGAGAGAAAAAUUUAGCCGCCGCAAUUUUUGCUCACUUUUUUAGCAAAAACCGGUAGAAAAGAUCCUAUUGGAUUUGAAAUUUCCAUUUUUCCAGGAAAUUCAGGGGAAAUAUCUGUUUAUAAAAUAGAAUACCAAAUUUUUUCACUUAAUUUAUUUGACACCUUUUUUUAAUUUCAAUUAACACUUUCUUCACUAAAAAACAAAACCGCACUUGACCGCGGUAGCUGACCAUCCGCCAAGCGGAAAACCGAUGCGUCCAGAUUGGCUUCCUUCUUGUCGAUCAUCCUGAUGGCAAUGCUGUCUGUUAUCGCCGGCAGCAGCAACCUGUAGAAAGAAAACAAAGAAUUUUUCAAAUUUAAAACCGGACUUUCCAUUGGCCAAAUCUGCUCUUACCUGUCCGCUCCCGAUGUGAAUUUAUCCACUAUUUCCGCAUCCAAUUGUCCAUCACAUGCAGCAAUGUUGACCGGGCUUCCAUUCCGUCGUUAUUGUCAGCCCAGUCUCCGCAGGUUCCGCCAGCAUCUAAUUUACUCAACCGCACUGAUUCGCGUCGAACUUUUUUUUCUCGAAGACGGCGGCUGCUUUUCGAACGAAGCGGCUAACUAGGCUGCGUUUUUACCAAAACACAGAGAACAGACGUACAAGCUAGCCCACGAAACUUGUGUAAAAUUUCCAGCGGCAUUAGUUUAAUUAUUAGUUCAUAUAUACGAUUACGCCUUUUCGAAAACUGUACACUUGAGAAUUUGAUUUGUAACUUUUGAACGGCGCAAUAGGUGCCACUGUUUAAAGUCAAUUUUCAACAUACUUUUUGGAUGUCUGCAUUUGAAAUUUUACACACUUUUUUGAAGAUUUUUUGUUCGAGCUUGUACGUCUGUUCUCUGUGACCAAAAUCAAGCAAAAUAACAAUUUUGCUAUCGCGUAAGUAAAACAACCCUUAUUGCUAAUCGAAAGUAACCCAAUAUUUUUGCUAAGUGGAGCCUCGAAAAUUUUGUGUGUAUGUUUGGAAAUUCUCAAUUAACUAAUAAAGAUUAGAAAAACAUAAAACGGCCACUUGGAAUUUGUUAAAUUUAGGAGCGCCGAUGUGGUCUAGUGGAUAGGCUGGCGCGAGUCUGGUAUUGGUACGCCAGGCGUACUAGGUUCGAUUCCCGGUAUCGACAAGAAAAACUUUUGGGUUCGAAUCCCAUAAGCGGGCCGACAGGUAAGAUGUGUUUCAUUAUAUAACUGACUAUAUAAUUGGAAUGUUCAAUCAGUUGCCAGCUGGCCAGGUAUAUACACGGAUGCCGGAAUACCUGUAAGUAAACUAGACCACCUGAUUGAUUCGUUCUUCCAAAAUAUACCUACAUCAACACACGCAAAACAUUCACCACAUAACAGUUCAUACGAAGCCAUGGGGUCCGGGUAUGGUGGCGCGCUGCAUUGGAGAUUUAUCGAACCUAAUAAUCUAAGGAAUGUAUGUGAACCCAUACUUUGGCAGAAACUGCGGUGAAUCCGUGCACCCAUGGUGAAUUACCAACAUACUUGGAAUUUGUUAAAUUUAGCAUUUUUAAAUUAAAAUGGUUGGAGCAUUACAAAGAGCAAAAGAAAAGCUUCAUCCAAGCGCCCCUCGGCUCCAAGCGAGCGCAUUUUUGUUUACCUCUCGCUUGUUUAUACUUCUCGAACUGUCACGCACGUCUCGGUCUCGCAUGCAGAGAAAAAUCCUUGUUUUCGCGAGUAGCGUCGUCAGUUUUCCCGAAGUUAAUCCGCGGUUUAAAAACGGAUCGAAAUGACCGUCCGGUCCAGUGAUGCCGCCUGGGAAUCGGACCAGCAUCAAUCCGGUAGUGAACUUUCGUCGGCUUUGAGCCCCGGGAAGCGGGCCUACGUACGGAAAGCCAUCCAGUGCCGUCUAUGUUUGCGGAACCUACCGAAGGCGGAGCUGGAGGACAUUUUCUCGGAGCUGGACUUCUACAAGGAAGUUCGGCAAGCGGUGGACGUGGAGGUCAAUCGCAAAGAUCGCUGCAUCAAAAUAUGCCCGAGCUGUCUGAAUUUGGUAAAAAUGAUCAACGACUUUCGAGAUAUGUGCAGCAAGUCGGUCGUUUUACUUACCCAAGGCGUGGAAUUCCCCAAGGAAGCCUUCUGGUCCGACGAUAAGGACGGCAAAAGUAUACUGAGGUGUCGAGAUCUGGUCAAACAAUGCCAUACAGCAGUGCAUGAGGUUUUUCACAGCCAGUCACAUAUGUACUACGAGGAAAAGUACGAGGAACCAAUGGCCGAAACAGAACAAACGUCCACCAGUAAGUUUGACGACGCCACGUGUGUUCUACUUAGUACCGCCAUCAAGCAGGAAGAGAUUGAUGUUUACGAUGAACCGCUGCCAGCCGAGCCAAACGCAGAUGAAGUGGAAGGAUAUAAGUCCAUCGCAAAAGCAUCAGCAAUGCGUGAAAGAAGAAAGAAUCCUAAUUUCGGUGAUGUUUACGUCGAAGAAGACGCAAACAGCGAUUCGAAUGAAUUUGCUGGGGAAGCACUGAGCGAUCCUGAUUAUAUUGGCGAAGAAGAAAUGGAAACGGCUGAAGGCACUUCGCAACAACAACAGCAGCAGCAGCAAGACAAAGAUCUUCUAGAGGCUCCCAAAAGACGAGGCCGGCCGCCUCUUCCAGACGAGCUGCGAAAACAUAAGAAACAGAAAUCUGGAGAUCCGCAGAAGGGUACGGGACGGCUGCGAUACCCGGAGAAAUCGGAAACCGACGUUGAACUUAUUUUUUCAACCACUAUGAAGGGGCGACAGUUGAUGCUGGAACUGGAAGAAGCCACAAAACCAACCUGUAGGCUUCUGACGCAAACUACCCACAUAUUGUGCGACUAUCUGAGCGCAGUUUACGGUUUGAGACCGUCCGCCGAACAGAAAGACAAUUUGGCCAUCGCAGUUGUAAAUCGGUAUCCGAUUUUCGCUUCGAAGGUUAAUCCCGAUUGUCCCCAGUCGGUUUUCUUCCAUCGCAAUGCUCGUAUGAACGGUGGUCACACCGGGAAGAUUCAAAACCGCAUGGAAUCUUUGGCAAAGCAGGAUACUUCACGGAUGUUCGUAAGAAGACCCCGGCAGCAAGCCGGAUCGACCGAAAAAGCCGAUAACUCGCUGGUCAGUGAAUGUUCGGUGACGGCAGAGGAAUUGUUGGAAACGCUGAACGAACUGAAGUACAUUAAGCCGAGCCUCGGAAACGAAGACCGGAUCAGAGAACUGUGGGACCUAACCUUCGAACGGCGAAAUCAGUGUCGAAAAAAUAAGGAAAUGUUGGCGUUUCUCAAGGAGUACCCAAUCUUGCUUGCUUUCAACGGAGAUCUGAUUUCAUACGACUACGAAAAAAUUCAUAACAUUGAUGCCGCGGCCAUGUUCGGUUACACUUGGCCAACCUGGGAGAAGAAGACGCUAAACGGGCAUAGGACUCUAUACAGAGAAAUCGGAAGUGGAAAUGGGUUUCUCCGAGCUUUGGCCAUUAUUCGACUGAAAACUCCCAACAGAGGAUCCCGGCAAGCACGACAGGAGAACGAAGCAUUGGAGAACCCUCUUAGAGGAGUCAUCGAUUGGAUAACGAAUGAUUCGGAGCUGCCGACCAACAAUGCAUUCCCUUCGCUAGUGGUCCGAUCCGAGGUGUUUUCCCAGGGCGUCUGCUACCUGUGCUGGAACAGUUUGAACAUACCCCUCGGUGAUGAUCUCAAAACGGCAUUCGUUCUGCUGCUGCAGUGUUUUGAAGUUUUCGCUGCCAACUGUUGCCCCGCCGAUAACCUCUUCUACAACUUUUUCCAUGCCAUCAUAUUCAAUACCCAAAAAAUAUCGACUACCGGCGAGAAGUUUGUCUUUUCGGUUUCCUAAUAUUUUUUUCUCUAUGUCCGUUAGAAUGCUCUGAAUAAAGGGUAAUAACAAUGUAUUGACAAUGCCAGUAUUGCUCAAUUGGGUUUUUUUAAAUAAAUGUGACUUGAAAAAACAAA